UCUUCGUGGUUCGGGAGGACGAGUUCAGCAAUCGUCUGAAUACUCGGGCCAGCUUCCGGGGCUGCAGCGCCCUCCACUACGCCGUCCUGGCCAACGACUACGGCACCGUCCAGGCCCUGCUACAAGGAGGUGCCAACCCCACACAGGUAAAUGACAUGGGCCACAAGCCCCUGGACUACGCCCAGGAGGGGGAGCUGAAGAAGAUGUUGAAGGGAUGGGAGUCCAAGUUCCAGGUGGAGCAGAAGAAAAGGGCCGUUGAGGAACGGAGGCGCUUCCCUCUGGAGCAGCGUCUGAAGGAGCACAUUGUGGGUCAGGAGGGCGCCAUCGCCACCGUGGCUGCAGCCAUACGCCGCAAGGAGAACGGCUGGUACGACGAGGAACACCCUCUGGUCUUCCUGUUCAUGGGAUCUUCCGGAAUAGGUAAAACUGAACUGGCCAAGCAGACGGCUCGCUACCUGCACAAGGAUGUGAAGAAGGGAUUCAUCCGGCUAGAUAUGUCCGAGUUCCAGGAGAAGCACGAGGUGGCCAAGUUCAUCGGCUCCCCUCCUGGGUACGUCGGGCAUGAAGAAGGAGGUCAGCUGACCAAGAAGCUGAAGGAGUGCCCCAACGCGGUGGUCUUGUUUGACGAGGUGGACAAGGCGCACCCCGAUGUGCUCACCGUAAUGCUGCAGCUCUUCGAUGAGGGGCGGCUGACAGAUGGGAAAGGAAAGACCACGGAAUGCAAAGACGCCAUCUUCAUCAUGACCUGCAACGCCGCCAGUGACGAAAUCGCCCAGCAUGCUUUGCAGCUCAGACAGGAAGCCCAGGAAAUGAACAGACACAGGCUGGCAGAGAGCCUAGAUGACGUUCAAAUCAAAGAGAAUAUCACCAUCUCCAAGCAGUUCAAGGAGCAGGUUAUCCGGCCCAUACUGAAGGCUCACUUCCGGAGAGACGAGUUCCUGGGCCGGAUUAACGAGAUCGUCUAUUUCCUCCCGUUCUGCCGCUCCGAGCUCUCCCAGCUGGUCUCCAAAGAGCUGAACGCGUGGGCCAAAAAGGCCAAAGAUCGACAUGAGAUCACUCUACUGUGGGACAUCGAGGUGAUAGAUGUCCUGGCCGAUGGGUACAACGUCCAUUAUGGAGCCCGCUCCAUCAAGUAUGAGGUGGAGAGGCGGGUCGUUAAUCAGUUGGCGGCUGCCUAUGAACAGGACCUCCUUCCGCGGGGCUGCACGGUGAGGAUAGCCGUGGAGGACUCAGACAAGCACUUACUGAAAGAACUGGAGAGGGAAGACAACGGAGUGGAGAGGAAGCAGCCACGCCUGCGGCUGGAGGUCGUGGAACAGGGGCGCGGCGCUCGCAAACUGGACAUCAUGCAGCCCCUGCCCUUGGCGAACGUCUUGUUUUCCUGAUCUGCGGGAUGGUGUGAGGACUUUUCGUAACCGUCUUCGAGAUGGACUGGAUGCUGACACCCAAACCCAGCUGGCCAGUUUUGAGUAAAAUUAACUUAAUUUGUUCAACAUGGAUAUUUCAUUGUAUGUU